UCGUGUCUGCAGUAGAAACAGAGUAUCUCUACAGAAAGCUAAAAUAGAGAAACGUUUCUCUCUGCAAAAUCUUAUUCUGGGUCUUCUUUCUUCGUUUUUUUGUUUUUUUUGGUGAGUAUGGGGAGAAGAAGGAAUUCACCAGUGAAUGAAUUGUUUGGAUGGAUAAGAAAACAAUCAAUGAAAGUGAAGAUAUUCUUAGGAGUGAUUACUGCAAUAUUGUCAUUAGUUGGUUUGAAAUACUCGGUGAAAGAUCAUAACCAUUUCUUUGUUGCUUCUGAAGCUGUUCAUGCUGCUGGGAUUUUUGUUUUGGUUUAUAAACUCAUCACUAAAAAGACUUGUUCAGGUCUGUCAUUGAAGUCUCAAGAGCUCACGGCUCUGUUCCUUGCUGUAAGAUUUUACUGCAGUUUUGUCAUGGAGGGAGAUAUUCAUACGGUGCUUGAUUUCCUGACACUCGUUGCCACAGUUUGGGUCAUAUACAUGAUUAGAUUCAAAUUGAACUCUACCUACAUCGAGGAACUUGACAACUUUCCAAUGUACUAUUUGGUGAUUCCCUGUGCUAUCCUUUCCAUAUUCAUUCAUCCAAGUACUCAUCAUAAUGCCAUCAAUAGAAUGUGUUGGGCAUUCAGCGUCUUCUUGGAAUCUGUUUCUGUUCUGCCUCAGCUUCGUCUGAUGCAAAAUGCAAAGAUGGUUGAGCCAUUUACUGCACACUACGUUUUUGCUUUGGGUAUUGCAAGGUUUUUGGGUUGUGCUCAUUGGAUCAUCCAGGUUAUUGAGACUAGAGGGGCAUACUUAUUCGUCCGUACUGGAGUUCUUUGGAUACCAGUAGUUCUGGUUUCAGAAAUCGUUCAGACUUUUAUCUUGGCCGACUUUUGUUACUACUAUGUCAAGAGUGUUAUGGAAGGUCAACUACUGGUCAGACUUCCUUGUCCUGUCUAGAGGAAGUUCAAUCAUGUCAAAUGUAGACAUAUUGAGUAAUUUUAGUUUUAACUAACACUAGCUUUGAAGCUUAAUUUAAUUGCUUAGUUCAAUGAAACGCAACUUAUAAUCCCAGUUUUAUAGUUCAAAUUCUGAACAUAAUGUUGUGUUUUCUCUUUGCGGCUCUGCUUGUGUUCUAUUUGAGAGAUUUUUAAAUGGUGAUUAUGUGUAA